AAACCCUAAGGCCUAAACCUCUGCAAGAGGCAAGAGUACGGAAGGAGGAGCAAGCUGAAACCUUUGCAUCGUUCUCUUAAUUCAUGCGAUCCUGCAAUGGCUGAAAACGAAAUCAACACUCUUGUGGUGAGGAAACCCUGCUUUGGCCUCCCAACCGGUUGCACUCAGUGCCUCUCCGCUUAUCUCUAUCUCAAGUUCGCUCAAUUUUCCUUCCAAUUGGACUUUCACCUCAACUACCCUGAUUCAGAUCAAAUUCCUUAUUUUGAGCUUGGUGAUUAUGUGGCGUAUAACAAUGAGAAAGGAGGGUUGAUUGAGUGUUUGAAGAGAGAUGUUGGGGGGGUUGAUUUGGACAGUGGGAUCUCCUCACUUCCUGAUUGGAUUCAAACUAAAGCAAUGCUCACAACUUGGCUUGCUGAUGCACUUGCCUAUGAACUUUGGGUGGGAUCUGAAGGUUAUUCCUCCUCUCCUGCUUAUACCAUCUAUUAUUCUGAUCUUCCAUGGCCCUUAGGAAAGGUCCUCUUUUGGAGGAAAGCUUGUUGGAUUAAGCAGAAACAUGGGAUAACUAAUGAGAAUGCCGAGUUAAAGAAAGAAGAGAUUUAUAGGAGAGCAAACUCUGCAUACGGUGCUCUGUCAACUUGGUUAGGUGAACAAAGCUACUUAUUUGAGAAUAGACCAUCAAGCUUAGAUGCUAUUUUUCUUGCGCAUGGAUUAGUUACUCUUCAAGCUUUGCCUGAAUCGUCAGUGCUGCGAUCGAAGCUCUUGGAACAUGCCAACUUAGUUAGAUUUGUGCAACAGUGUAAGACAGAACUUAUUGAUGCUAGUCCAACUCCUACCUAUGUCCGGCAAUUUCAUACAGCUGGAUCUUCAUCAACUUCAAGAAGUCGUUCAACCUCAAGUUCAAAGACCAAGAGCAAACCCAAGAGGGAGAAAACAGAGGAGGAGAAAACCUUUAAAAGGAGGUCCAAAUAUUUUGUGGCAGCACAGCUGGUUGCUGUUGUUGUUUUCCUCACUAUUAUGACUUCAUUUGAUGAUGCUGCAGUGGACUUGGAUGAUGCUGAUGGAAGUUAUGGUUAUGAUGAAUAGAAAACAAAAAAAUCAUCCACGUAUUUAUUUCAUCGGCUCUCUGUUUGAUAAUGCAAAUUAAGAAUUUUGGUACUCAUGCCAAAUUAGUAUGACAAGAAUCCAUUUUUGUAUACAGGUGUUGAUUUUCAACAGAUUGUCAAUUGUAAUUUUUAUUUAAUUUGUAUCAGAAUAGUACUACUAAUAAUCCACAUACCAUUUCAUUGGG